AUGAACAUGGCUACUAUGUUCUGUCUCGGCGCAACACUGUCUAGUCAUGGCUAUAAAAACUCAUCAUUUUGGUUGCCCAGCCAGCAGCUGUUCUUUCUCAUGACUCCCCCUCCACAAGCUGUGUCUGAUAUUUGUCCAACCCUUCUCAGGCCAACAGGCUGUUCUCCCUCCCAGAGGAAUAAGCAAUUAUUCCUCUUCUAUCUAUCUCUCUCUCUCUCUUUCUGUUUCUUUCUCCAUCUACAAAGCCAUAUCUACCAAGCUAGAUCUGGCCUCCCCUUUAUAUCCUUUUCCCUUUAUUGCACCUCCGAGUCUCAGCUCAUCAUGGCAAGCUGCAUCUCAGCGGACUGCAGACCAAAGUCCAAAAGCCAGCAGCGAGACGAGAAGAGAAAAUUUUUAGCUAAGCUCGACGUCGCGUCUGAAAAGCUCGAGGCUUAUGCUCGUAACCAACAGGAAACUCGCGUCGAGAAAUAUGCACUUAUCAACGUGGCGGCAGAACAGAUUGGAUCACCAGGACAUACUCCCCAACAAUACCGUGAUGCAUACCAAGACUUCACUGAUCUGUACGGGGACUCCUUUGAGGAUGAGACCGAAGGCGCCGAGGAUGGUGAAAGCGUUGCCUCAGAUUCCACCACUCUGUCUGAAAGGUAUAACAUGUUCAACAUCUCUCCAACGGCUCUUCGCAUGGCUAGGGGGUUCCCUGGCUGGGCUCCUUUCUAUCCCAAGGGAACUCACAGAGUUCAUGGAUCAGAUUCAGAGUGUUCUUCAUAUUCCUCAGAGAACACCAAUCAGGCUUUCGGAUAUCUGCCAGAUAUAGGUUACUGCGACUCCUUCAGGCCUUAUCAGCAGACAGCCCAUUCGGAUGACGAGGAGGGGGAAGAAGACAAAGAAGAAUACUGCAGCUCAGUUCAGUCCGUGACUUACUCUCCUUCUCCAGGCCUGGAGCAGCCAGAAUUUGGUCCUCUGUCACUCUCAUCCCUCUCACCUCCACAUAGCCCAAACUACUCUAACUCACUCUACUCUUUAUCCUCUUCUGGAGAAUCUAACAAUAACAAUAACAAUGUGGACGCCAAACUGGACAAGGACGAGGAGGACAAGGACAAAGACACGAUCAUAUACCCUAGCAUCGAAACAGAUGAUCCAACGGAGCCACCAACUACCCAGCCAGAGGGAGAUUCAGAUGAUACUCUCACCGACCCCGACAGAGAGGGGUCAGAGUCUAUAACCGGUGGCAGCGAUACUAGUGUUCGACGCACCAAUAGGCCUGUUAACCACCAAUUUUUCUAUCUCCACCACCGAGUAACCAAACGAACCGGUACCAGCAGUGUUGUGCCGGAAGACAGCAAGCGUGCUAAGGUGAGAACGCCAUAUAACUUGCACUGCCUUUUACUUCACUCACUAACCGAAUAUUAUUUGUAUCCACAGGUUGAUGACCUAGAAUUUGCAUAG